AUGAUAUUGCUCUGCGCCUUGUUGCAAUUGCCUACUUAUCCUACUGCAAUGUUUCUUGGUGAUAGUGAUGGAGAGGGGAUGAGUCUUGUAAUGUACUUCAAAGUUUCUGAGAAUUUUGAUAAAGACGUAUCUCCUCAAUUCCAGGACAGCAUCAAGAGGAACGCUCCUAAUUGUCAAUUGUCAGGCAAGACACCAUCAUUCUUGAACUAA